AUGCCCCGAGGCCUUGUGCAUGUGUCAGUGAGGCCGCAUUGUUCGAGGAAGAUCCCACGGCGCAGCGUCAGCUAUGAGACAGAGCUUGCGUCCGUCAAAAGGGUGCGCUUGGGCGAGGAAAAGCAGCCCCGGAUCAUCAAGGCCGGGCGCGAUCAUCCGCCGUCCAGACCGGUCGAACAGGAUGCGAGAGACGAGAUAGAACAGCACUGGGCGCGGAUGUCGCCGUCGUCCAGCAUCAGACGAGCCUUUUCGGGGAUUCAACCCACGGGAGUCCCUCACCUCGGAAACUAUCUGGGGGCCCUGCGCCAGUGGAAACGGCUUCAUGAUCAGUCCACCGACCCCAGGUUCGCCAUCAAUUAUCGCUACGAACAGUACUUUUCGGUGGUCGACCUGCACGCUCUGACCUCGGACACUCCCCCGACAGAGCGCCUGCGUCUACGGAAGGAGUCGUAUGCCGCACUUCUCGCUCUGGGAUUGCACAACAACAGGAACACGACGCUGUUUUUCCAGUCCGAUGUGCCGCAGCAUGCGUCCUUGAUGUGGAUUUUGAGUACCAUUGCUUCGACGGGCUAUCUGUCCCGCAUGACUCAGUGGAAGAGCAAGUUGAACUUGCCGGACAAUGCCAGCCUCGAAAGCGACGAAGCGACGGCGAAGCUCAAGCUGGGCCUGUUUUCAUACCCUGUUCUUCAAGCGGCCGACAUCUUACUCUAUCAGCCAUCCAUUGUGCCCGUAGGGGAAGAUCAACUCCAACAUAUCGAGUUUACGCGCACGUUGGCCCGGGGAUUCAAUGCCCUGGUCCGGGAAUCCUCCGGAGGAAAUGUAUUCCGAAUACCUUGGCCGGUGAUAUCCCCAGCCAAGCGGAUCAUGUCCCUCAAACGUCCGGAGCAGAAGAUGUCCAAGUCCGACCCUGAUCCCAAAUCCCGCAUCCUGGUCACCGACAGCCCCGAGGAGAUUCAUGCCAAGCUCAGGGGUGCCGUCACUGACUCGGAGCCAGGGAUUUCUUUCCACCCGGAACGACGGCCAGGGGUAUCCAACCUGGUCGAGAUACUGCGGCACGUGACCGAGUCGCGGGAGUCCAGCGAGUACAUUGCCAAGGACAACGAAAACGUCAGCAUGCGGGCGUUCAAGGAGAUGAUCGCGGACGAGAUCAUCGCUGCGCUGCGGGGCGUGCGGGACAACUUCCUCGCCAUCAUGGACUCCGGGAACGACCGGCUGCGCGAAGAGAUCGAGUGGGGCGGCGCAAAGGCGCGACGGAAAGCCCGCAUGACGCUCGACGAGGUCCAGCAGGCCCUGGGCCUGUUUGGGGUCACGUUGUCUGAAGAAGAAGCGACCCGGAUCCGCGAGAGACGGAGACAGGCUGCACGCAAAGACCUGGGGACGGACAUGAACAUCGAGUCCAAUCCGUUUGAUUCGGAAGGAGAGGCUGUGGCAUUCGACGAGGAGCUGCCCGACCGAGGGGAGGGCCCAGACCACGAUCGGGGGGAGACUCUGCAGUCCAUCAAACAGGGCAAGCUGUGA